GGAAUACAGCUCGGGCUCCAGCGUUCACAUCCCAGUACAGUACUUAGAAAUAAUCUCUCCAAAGAAGGUCAUCAACGUCAACAGGUAAAGAGAGCAAGGAUUUCAACAAAACAUUGUGAGGUACCACUUCCAGUUCCUGGGGUAGUGAACCAUUAUGGUACAAUGCAAAGCAAUGAUAUGAUAUGAAAAGGCCAAUUCCACAUUAAGGAAUUGCCACGGCACUUGCUGAAGAUUAACUCUCCUCAAAUUUUGCUUUGGACUCCAAGUUCAGGAAAUGGCAGGUGUUAAUAUCUCACUGGGCACAGAGGCAACCAUCUCUCCAGAUCACACAGAUGUCACCAACUCUUCUUGGUUGCUGAGCAAAACAGUGCCUGAAAGAAAUGGCAGCGUCCAGGUGAAUGGGAGUGCUGUGAAAGAGUGUACUCAAAUCGCGAUUCCCACGGAGGUCUACCUCAUCCUUGCAGGCAUCAGUUUGCUGGAAAACCUGCUGGUGAUUAUUGCAGUGAUCAAAAACAGGAAUCUACAUUCCCCAAUGUACUUCUUCAUCUGCAGUCUAGCCAUUUCAGACAUUCUGCUGAGCUUGACCAAGGCGUGGGAAGCAGUGACAAUAUCUGUAAUAUCUGGAAAGGAACAUCUGGUCACUCAUGCUUUGAUAAAGAUAUUGGAUGACAUAUAUGACUCAUUAUUGUGCAUUUCGUUCAUAGCUUCCGUCUUCAAUUUGGCAGCAAUCACAACCGACAGAUACAUAACUAUUUUCCAUGCUCUGCGCUACCACAACAUCAUGACUAGAAAGCGAGUGGCAGUCAUUAUUGCAGCAAUAUGGAUCUUUUGUACUUUUACUGGUAUCAUCAUGAUCUCUUUCGCCAAAUAUGAAGGCAUUGUUAGCUUCUUUUUUGUAUUGUUCUUCAUAACGCUUGUUCUCAUUUUAUCCCUUUAUAUAUUCAUAUUCCUACUGGCUCAAAUACAUGCCAAACGGAUUCGAUCACUUCCAGGUUACAGAGCCCAUCGACGAACCAAUUUUAAAGGACCCCUCAGACUAACUAUCCUCCUCGGGAUAUUUAUUGUCUGUUGGGCCCCAUUUUCCCUUCACUUCACCCUCUAUCUGUUCUGCCCUUCAAACCCAUACUGUGCAUGUUUCAUAUGCCUCUUUCAGGUGGACCUCAUCUUCAUCAUGUGCCACUCAAUUAUUGACCCUCUUAUUUAUGCAUUCCAAAAUCCCGAAUUAUGCAAUACUUUCAAAAAAAUGCUGUGUUGCUUUAAAAGGCAGGCCUAACUGUGUAGUUCAGCUGCUUGCUCUAAUGGCUAGUUGAGUAUAACAAACCAACAAAGCCCAGAUUUGGUCUCCUGGCUGUGCUGAUUUCUCUGAUAAGGAUGCUAUAGUUGGCAGCCCUUUCAUCUCUGAGUUAGAAGGUUGUGAGUUCACAUUCCAUUCCAGAAACUUGAAGACCGAUCCUAGACUGUCACUUUGGUGUAUUAAUGAGGGUAUGUUAUACUGAAAUUUAGACAGACAUUAAAGCAGAGCCCUGUCUUCUCUUUCAGAGGGUUAUGGCCCUAUCCAAAGAAGAGAAGGGAACUUUCCCUAACAUCCUGACCAAUGUUUACCCCUCAAUUCACAACAUUAAAGCUGUCUUGCAGACUUGAUGGGCCAAAGGGCUUUUUCUGUGCUGCAGCUCUCUAUGACUAAAGACAGAUGGUCUGGUCAAUAUCACAUUGCUGUUCAUAAGAGCAUGUAUGCUAAUUAGUUGUUGUGUUUCCUACAUCAUGAUAUUGACUACAUUUCAACAAUUGCUUUAUUGACUCUGAAGUGCAUCGGGACAUCCUGUGGUAAUGAAGGAUUCUACAUGAAUGCAAGUUCAUUUUUUUCUUUAUCACAAUCCUGGGCUGCUCCUUGGAAAGAAGAAAAAUCCUUUGGGGUUUCUGCUCCUUAUCAAUAUCUAGCAACAACACGGGAAGUAUAACGUGGGUAUACAACAGGCAAAGAUUGAAUUCCACUAGUGUCAGCUGUAAAGGCCUCCCAAACUCACUGUCAAGUGCCUGCAAUACAAGGUUACAAGAUUAACAGUGGUAUUUUCAGGAAUGAAUAUUGACAGGGUGGUCCAUUAACCCUACAUACGCUAGGAUACUUGGACCAUUAUGACUAAGCAUUUCAUUAACCACAGUGCACCUGAGAGAACAUCAGCAAUGCUAUAUUGAUAAAUUAUAUCAACAAAAUGAGUAUUGCUGUUCGAUGGAAAGUUUCCCCCACCUGGAAAAAGAAACAUCAUAUCCAGGAUGAGUGACUGAUGCAAAAUCAUCAUUUGGCAGUAAAUCUGGAAUCAGGUUGAAUCUUCACUCCAGGUCAAUGAGUGGUCUGUGCUCUCUCUAAUGGUUUCUAACAUAGCUGCAAGGAGUGUUGCUACUAUGGUCAUUAUCGCGCUCACAUUCUUUUCCAAAUAACUGCUCGUUAUUAAGAAUGCUGUCACCUCCCACAACAUGAUGUGAAGCAUUUCCUGUUCUCGCGCACGAUGUUCCUUAAAGGUGUUAAAAUCGAAUCAGAGAUAGUAGGAACUGUAUCUGUUUCAAUCUGAUUUACCUCUUCACGUGUCAACAAU